AUGUCGGCAGCCGAUGACCACCACCCGGGCCUCUCUUUGGAGCCAACCAGAGUACUUGUCAGCAACACAUCAGCCGGGCCUCUUCCUCAGCCUUUUCCUUGUCAGCAGCUCUACGGAACCUCGCACGCAGACUUAGACGACGAUCCAGAUCCAAUGGCCGUAUCACCACUCUCAGACGAGGAUGCCCAGUCUCUGAUCGAGCUGUCCAUGAGCAGGGCGGCGACGCGCCUCAAGUCACCCCUGACCCCAGCCGUGGAAAAGGCGGCUGCCAUGGAAGAAAUGGACGGAGGAGGCUUUUUCGAUAGCGAUGAUGUCGAAACUCCACCAGCUGCAGUUGAACAGCAAUCCGAAGCGGACCUUUCAAGCCCAGGCUCACCCAAAUCCAAGAGCAGCUCAAGCCUACCCGUGCCCGAGAAUGUGCCUGAAGUAAUAACACAAGCCGAAGCAAUCUCACCUGGGCGGCUUCCAUCGCCAAAGAUGGAAGAGCCGGCUUCUCCCACUCCGUGGCAUCCGGGGCGGAAAUCGUUGACUUUUGACCCGAAGGAGCAUGGACGCCAGUCAUCGAUGGCUACCGUCUUUGGCGGCAACAGUUCCAGGACCAGAUCUCUCUCUGGAGGCGCUGAAGCUUUAAAGAAGCUGCUCCCAAAGGGAUUGCCAUCGAUCGCUCAGGUUGGGCAUUUAUUUGGGUCUUCUUCAAACAACAGUAGCAAGACCCGAUCUAGCGGCUCUGUCAAGCUUGCCAAAGAGUCUUCUUUCCCACGCUCUGCUCGUUCACCUAAAUCCAGAUCGCCCGAGCGGUCUCUCUCACCACUCUCCUCCGAGCCGAUCGCGGCUCCUCAGCCGCAAAACAUCAAGGAAACCACACCUUCUGGGCCGAAACGGCCUCCGAUCCUCCGCCGAACAACUUCCGAUAAUUCGCUGCUCUACCACUCCCUCUCCAGAACAUCGUCUCUCGGGGACGAUACUCGCUUCGAAAAUCACAGGGAGCAGGUCAACUCACGUGUCAAAGCAAUCCGGGAUACCCUACAGGACCGAUCCUCCUUCAGAUUGCCACAGAUACCAACCAUACCUACUGGCUUUCCAAGCCUACCAAGUAUUCCCAGUAUGAAACCUCGCACCUUUAGCUUCAGCAUGAACUUUUUGAACUCCAGCAACGUCCCCGCCAGAUGGAGACCAGAUUCGACUAACAAUGUGCUCCCAGGUAUUCUUCCAAGUGCAAUAGUCAAGAAAAAAUCUUCCGUAGCGGCUCCUGCAGUGAAUCCUGGAACGGGCGGCGCUGCUGUAUCCAGGUCAGAAGCGUCUUUAGAGACUAGUCGGCCCUUGAUAGAAGGUCCAAGUACAACUUACCUGGACCGGGCCUUGGAAAACCUUACUGGAGACGUCGUAAUUAUGGGUGGAUAUCGGGGCUCUAUUCUCCGGUCGGCGAGAACAAAUCGGCAGGUGUGGGUGCCUGUGAAAGUUGGGCUCAAUAUCAGGAAGGUUGACCUCGAGGUUGGCUUGGAGCCCGAGGAUGAAGAGCGUAUGACAGAAAACAUUUAUCCAUCUGGGAUGAUACAGAAUAUAGGGCCCAUCGAUAUCAGUAAACGCCUGUUCAAGCGCCUGUCAGAGAGCGAGAAUGCGAAAAGUGGCAAGCUGAGGGUUUGGGACUACGGGUAUGACUGGAGGCUGAGUCCGCACCUUCUAAGCCGAAAGCUACAGAAGUUCCUCGAGGGUCUUCCAUCCAACAAUUCCAAUACAUGUGGCUCUAUGGAAGGAGACCGUGGCGCUCUAGUCAUCGCACACAGUCUCGGGGGUCUCAUUACUAGGCAUGUGGUCAACCAACGGCCAGAAUUGUUCUCUGGUGUUAUCUACGCUGGUGUUCCGCAGUCUUGUAUCAACAUUCUGGGCCCACUGAGGAACGGCGACGCUGUUCUGCUUAGUUCUCGGGUUCUUACAGCACAGGUCAAUUUCACAUUGAGGACAAGUUUUGUCCUACUUCCGGAGAAUGGCGCAUGCUUUGUGGAUAUCAAAACGAAGGAAAAAUACCCCAUUGACUUUUUCAAGCUCGAUAACUGGAUCAAGUAUCGAUUGUCGCCGUGCAUAGACCCACCGUUGCCACCCAAGAACCCGCCUUCGGGUCCAUUUGGAGGACUGCUUAACCUGCCGAGCAGCCUAUUGAGUUUGCCUUCACCUGGAAGGAAGCCCACCUCUGGACCUUCGUCACCGACGUCCCCCAAUCUUGACGGCUCCGAUGAAUCGAGACGAUCUCCCUCGCCGCCGACAAAAAUGACCCGGGCUGCUGAUGCCAUCCGAGGCAUGGAGCAUGGCACAGACCGGACCCUGGCACCUCAAAUGGCAGGCAUGGGCAAUCACUCGAGUCCGGUCAACAAAGGACAUAGCACAAACUCGUCCGUCUCGACUGCCGUCACUAUCCCGCGAGACAAGGCGAUCGCCUACCUGGAUCGCACGCUACGGGAGACGAAGAAGUUCAAGCAAGAGCUUUACUUCAACCCCGCACAUUCCGAUGUGAACGCGUACCCCCCUCUGGCUUUGAUCUAUGGCAAAUCUAUCCCGACGUGUUGCGGGGCGAAGGUCGACGGGAUCGACUCCAUCCCGUGCGCAGAUGUGUAUGAUAACCUCGCCUUUGCGAGCGGGGAUGGCGUGUGUCUGGCGCGAGAGGCGAUGUUGCCCGAAGGUUAUAAAGCUGUCUAUGGAGGCCGGGUGCGGAGUGAUCGCGGCCAUGUGACUUUGUUGGGGGAUCUUAAUGCCGUCGGUCGUGCGAUUGAAGCCGUGAUGAAGGGCAGGGUUAAGGGUAUUGGGAGGAGCAUUAGCCUUGGUGGGAUUACAGAGGGGACUGUCACAUAG